ACAGAGAGAUAGAUUUGGGGCCAAGUUUGGUUUUAAAAAGUCCUUUUGAGGAAAAAUAUAUUUUUCUGCCCUUUUUAAUAUUUCCUUCUGGGCUAACUUUCAUCAGAAGUGCUUUGUGUGGCACUCCUCCCCCUUUCAUGCUGGCGGUCAGUACACAGAACAGCAUGCGUUCUUUUCUUUUUUUUUCUUUUGCUUCUUUUCUUAAAAUAGACAACAAUGGUAUAUGUGUAUAGAAAUUCUGAAAGAGAAUCUUUUGGGGCAAGGGGAAGUCCUGCUGCUUCUGAGUUGCUUUCACCCUGCCUAAAAAUCAAGAUUUCUUCCCUUCCCACUACUUAGAACAAGCACAUGGGUGCCACUUUGUAUUUCUGACAACGGUCAGGGUGGCAUUUUUUUAAUUUUCUUCUUUUUAAAUUUUAAUGUUCAUCAGAUCCAUGUGUCAAAAUUUGAUUGCUCUCUAUCUCCUGCAAAAAGAAUGUUUUCAGUGAUUUUUCUCUCACAAGAGCUGCUAGCUUUGGCCACCAUUGCCAGUUCUGUCAUUUUUAUUAACCCAGUCCCUUUUUGUGGGCAUUGUAGAAGUCUUUCCAAUGCUGAGCAUAUAGAAGUCUGUGCUGCUGCUAUCAUAUAUAACAAUAAAACACCAUGAGAUUUUUCCACCGUUUUAUUCAAAAUCCCUAACAAAAAAAUUUCCAGUCUAAAUUAUACACUAAUUUUCAAAAUAUUUUGAAUUAUAUUACUAAUUUUGAUCUAAUAUUGUUUAACUCAUUUACAAGUCAACCAAAGAUGAUAAAUGGUACCUCUUUUAGACUUACAUUUCCAUAACCAUUUGGGGAUCUUUUAUAUCUUUAGCCAAUUUAUCUGGGAUAAAUACCAUCUACACAUCAUUUUAUAGAAAUUUUCUUUAAGGCAUAAAUUUCAGUCUCUUUAGCCACAUAUUUCUCCAUUGAUCAAUUAGUAUAUUAUAUUGAAACUUUUUAAAUUAUGCCCAGCUUAUUAUACAAUUUUUAACUAUUCCGUCUUCUGUUUCUAAUUUUUAACAAACCUCUUCCCUUUACCCAGAAAUUGAAGUUGGUGUUCUUUUCCCUGCCUUAGUAAAUAUGAUUUAAUUACUACCCUGGGUGAUGGUAAAGAAUAUAAAAUUAUUCUACAUAGAUUCAUCCCAUAUAAAAACAGAGUGCAAUUUGCUGUCAAGAUAGGUAGCAUUCAUUCAUGCAGUAGACCUACAUCUCACUUUUCCUUGAGAACUCAGAAUGGUACAUUUAAUACACUUUCCUUUAAAUGCAUCUUUAUUAACAAUAGCAGCCUGUGAGAUUUGGAAUCAGUCACUGUCUUCAUGCCAAAGGAAUCUUGUCAUCUCCUCUAUGAAUCUUGAAGAUGGGUUUUCCUGUUCCUAAAACUACACAACACUUGUUUUCUUGGAAAAUGUUACACAAGCGGUAUCUGCUAAAGAGAGCCAGAACCUUAGAGAAGCUGUUGUACUGCAACUCCUGCAAGUUCCUUCUUACCUGGGAAUUCAUCAACUGAGCAUCCUUGUUUCUUUUAGCAUUUUUUGGUGCUUUUGUUAUCACCUGCUAAUAAAAGCUAAUCAAGAAAGCUACCACCGAAAUGGUUAGGAAUGGCUUGCUUCUUGUUCUUUCAGAAUGCUCCCCUUGACAUUUUGUGACUGGACAUUAAUUUUCUAUUCAAACCAUUUUCUGGAUUUGGGGUAGGAUGACCAUGGCAUUGUGUGCCCCUGCACUUGAGCAGCUAGGCAAGGCAGCAGGACCAACUCUAUUCUACCAAAGGAUUAUGUGAAGGCUUCAAUUGCCAAAGCCAUGAUGGGUAGCAAAGCAAAGGGAGUGUAUACAUUGGGGGAUGCAUCACGUUGGAAACUAAAGUACUGAAGAUGAAAAGGUGUUUCGAAGGUAUCGGGCUGCAAUGCUUUCUUAAGGAUGGGCCAAUGGCGGCCACACAAAGCCAAAAGCACCUCCUGGUCUUUGACUUUGAUGAGACCAUUGUAAAUGAGAAUAGUGAUGAUUCUGUUGCCCAGGCUGCUCCUGAGAAAAAGCUACCAGAGUCCAUACGCCAAACCUUCCGGGAAGGCUUCUACAAUGAGUACAUGCAGCGGGUUUUGAAAUAUCUGGGGGAUCAAGGGCUAAACAUGGCUGACUUCAAAGCAGUCUAUGAAAAGAUUCCCUUCUCUCCUGGUAUGCAGGAGCUCUUCCAGUUCCUCUCUAAGCACCAGAACCGCUUUGAGAUCAUCCUCAUCUCUGAUGCCAACAUGUUCGGCAUUGAAUGUUCUUUGAAGGCUGCAGGGGUUUACUCCCUCUUCCGUAAAAUAUUCAGUAACCCUUCUAGCUUUGACAAGACAGGCUACUUCAUUUUGGGCCCUUAUCAUUCACACAAUUGCCCACGGUGCCCUUCAAAUAUGUGCAAACAGAAGAUCCUGAUUGAAUACCUGGAAGGAAGAGCUCAGGAGGGAAAGAAAUUUGAGAGAAUCUUCUAUGUGGGAGAUGGAGCCAAUGACUUCUGCCCUUCCAUGGCAAUGAAGUCCAGUGAUGUUGCCUUCCCAAGGAAGGGCUAUCCCAUGCAUCAACUCAUCCAGGAGAUGGAGAAAAAUCAACCUGGGGCUUACCAGGCUACUGUAGUCCCUUGGGACUCUGCCAUAGAAGUUUGUUCCCACCUUCAAGAAGUUCUCAAGAAAACAUGCUAAGGGAAAGACUUGGCAGAAGCAGCAAUUCUCCUUGAUUUACCUGACAUACAGCGUGGAAAGAUCUCAGCGAUUAACCUUGCAUUGCUUCAUGUUUGGCUUCUGCUCUGUUUCCCUCCUCCCCUUUCUCUCAUUAUGCACUGUCUGUCUCUGGAUCUUCCCUUCUUUUGAUCUUGAGAUGAGGGCUCUCUAUGCAGUUUGGCAGUCCAUUCCAGGAAGGAUGGGUGGGUGCCUGCCACCUCAUAUGUUUUGCUUGCCUAUGAAGAAAAUGCUAUUGCAUUUCUUAAAAUUGCUUAUCCAUUUUGGGGAUAUCUCUGCUACCAAAGCAUUUAAAAGCAGUCAUGGGUCCUGGCUCAUUGAAGAUGGCAAUAAAAUCAUCUGCUGUAGAUCUAAAUGGAGCAGAAUUAUGUAUCUGCUAGGUCAGAUUUAAUUUAAUCUAUGAUUUACCCACUCAGCCAGGUUCAGCUGAGUUCAUACACUAUUAAGCCAUAAACCAUGGUUCACAAACCACAGUGGCUGGAUCACACAUAUUAAGUCAAAACAAAGCAGAUAUUGUGUAAUGUAAGAUAAACUGUUACCGAUAUCUUCAAAAAAUGUCCCAAAUGAAAAAAAAAUGCUAAAAGGUAAUUUAAAUGUAGCAUUGUUGCUGGACAGAACAUAAUCAUCUAAUUGAGCACAACAUACUGUUUUCUUUAAGGGCUCAUUUUAUUGCUGAGAUCAAUGCCCUAGGCUUAUACUUCCUCAACCUGCUGUUCUCCAGAUGUUUGACUUCCAUAAUUCUCAGUCAACAUAGCCAAUAACUAGGGAUUUCAAGAGCUGAAUAUGGGCUGGAAAUUGCAGUUCCAAGUCCUUUAUAGGAUGCAGAUUGGCAGGGUGGCUUUUAGCCAAGCAAAUUGUGAGAGAAAACAGAAAACUCUUGCUAUAGUAUCAUGUUGAUCUGUCACCUAGAACAGAGGUUCCCCAACCCCCAGCCACGGUCCACUUCUGGGCCUUGAGUUUUCAGAACUGGGCUGCGGAAGUGGUGGGAAAGUGUGGAAACAUCCCCUCUCUCCCCCCCCCCCACCAGUCUGCAAAGCCACAAAGGUUGGGGAACUCUGAUCUAGAAAAGCCUCAAGAAAGCAUUUCUGCUCCUCCAACAGAGACUGCUACCUAAACGAGGCAUGUGGUCUGCCUAUUUGAUGUAUAGAAACAAAAAAACCCAAAAUAUUUUGGAUGUGUAAGGCAGGAGUCUGGCUGAGGAAUUCUGGGAGUUGAAGUCCACAAAUCAUAAAGUUGCCAAGGUUGGAGAUCCUUGGUUUAGGGAACGUGUUAGAAACAACUAUUGCUGAUGAUAAUUGAUGUACAGCACGGCCCUUCAGAUGUUGCUAUGCUACACCUUCCUGCAAUGGGCUUGUUUGGGUUUUUUGCAGUUAUAAUUCAGCAGUAACUGGAUAACCACAAUUCCUAACCCCUGACUUUAGAAAUGUAGAAGGUAGGAGAUUACAAGAAUGAAAAAAAUAUCCUAUUACUGUAUGCAUUUCCCAUUCAUCCAUAAUUAUCCUGUAAUUUCAGAUCUAACUUUGGACUUUUUUUCUCCGUUCUAUUCAAAUAAUGCUGCAUAAAUUGAAGAUGGGGAUAAAGAGAAAUUGCCUUCUGGAGAAAGUAAUUUGCACCAGACAUCCAGGCUGAAUGAUGGUGCUGUAUCAUAGAUAAAAUUUAAAACAUAAAAGUUCCCUUCUCUUUUAUCGACUUAUCAAUGCAUGGCUUCCUCAAAAUUAUUUAGGGAGCUUGAUAAGAGUGAAUAUACUAAAUAUGCUAAACUCUACAUUUCAUGUUUUGCUCAGGAAAAGGAAUUGAAUUGAUCAAUAUGAGAUUAGUGACAUUAAGGAGCUAUGGGACCAAGAUUAGAGAGAGGAAUCAGUGGAAUAUGUUCAUGCAGACAAACUACAGACACAGCACUGCCACAAUAGACACACAACAGUUAUGCAGUAACCUUCAACAAUGGACACUGAAUCAUAAGACACCUAGAUUUAUGCCAUUUCUCUGUGCAACACUGGAACAGAUUUCCAUUGAGUUUGUUACUGUAGAUACACCUGUAUGGCUGCCAGAAUAAUUUCCAUUUAUUAAAAUUGAGCACUUGACUCUUGUCUCCCAAGAUGUUGUACCCCAAAACACCAACAUGGAUUUCUCCUUGGCUUGAAAUGUGCUUGCCAUCUCAAAUUCCAUAACAAAACCAGCAGUUUAUGUCUGUCUUUUCUUUUAAAAUGUUUAUUUGUAAUCCUCACUUGGUCUGCAUUCUCUGCAAUUUUCCCAUAUUCUUUUCUGUUGUACUCCCCCUUUCUGCUUGUUAUUUUUGGAAUUUAAAGCCAUGGCAACUCUUUUAUAUGUGCGCGUGCGCACACACACACACAGCAGACAAAAAAAUACCUAGCAAAUACUUAAAUGUUGUCUUUUGUAUACUCAGCUGACAAUAUUGCUUAUAAAGUAUAUUCAAAUAUCUA